GUAGCAAGUCUACAUUUUUCAGCAGACGAAGAACCAUAAACAAACGUGCGUUGUUAGCUAGAAGACGAUUAAAAUAAUAUUGCAGCAGCAAUGGAGCUAGUGUGGGACGACCCCCCAGCGCCUGAUGGUCCUUUCUUUACCAGAGAUUUCUACGACAAAUAUUCCCUUGCACCUAAUAUUAGAGAAAUCUGGACUUCUCUCCAGAGGCCUGCAGAGAAUUCCACCGAAAAACAAGGGUCUGAAGUCAGCGCUGCAGAAGCCCCCAGCUCCCCAACCCUAAAAGAUGCCGCAGAGUUUAAAGGCAAAAGUUGCAUCAGCAGCCAAGAGCGCUCCUGGGACAGCGCUGAUAGUGAGGCUUCAUGUGCAGUCAGUGCUGAGGGCACUCCAGACAGGGACAAUGCAAGAAAGACGAAAGGGAAGCGGAAGCAGAUUGAGGUCACGGCUGCAUAUCCUGAACCCAGACUGCCCUUUCCCUUUCUGUCCAACCUUUCCAGCAAAGAACAACGCACUUAUGUCGGCUAUUUGAUGAGUAAGAAAAGCAGGAGUCCUCCACAGAGGUUAAAAACCAAAGUGGAUAAUGAAGUAAUGCAGUUCAUGACGUACCUACAAGAUGUGGCAAAAAUAUGCGCUGAAGACUACAACUUCAUGUCACCAGGAGCUUUGCAGUACACAGAGGAAUUGUUUAUGGCCUGUUUAGAAGACAUGAAGACGCUUCCUCAGUGUUACCAGAUCCAUGAGAUGACCAGUUUAACGGGGGGAAUGUUCAAUCCAGGGCUGGCACUGACCUUCGAAAAGCAGCUGCUGAUUAUGGGCAAUGUGAGCAUUACAGACCACAAGAUAGUGCCUGCUGAUGCGCAGCUUGCAUCGGAUUAUCAGAGUGUUUCAUCAGGGAGUCCUCCAGCUAAAAAGGCUAAGGACAUGCAUGCUAUGAUCAUGAAUGAUGGGAACGCAGAAAAGCUCUGUGGUUUGUACGAGCCGCAUGUUUGCCUGACUCGUGAUGCCUUGUUUAGGCUGCUGGACAAUCACGGCCCUGAUUUUGGGGACCAGUGGGAACUGCCUGUUACGGUAAAGCUAUCCGCAACAAAAGUCAAUAGUCAGAGGAAAAUUGUGUACAUAGACCCCCCUCUUCUGAAAACAGAGAUCCCGGUCAGAGAGAGAAGUCUGCUCUUCCACGAGGAAAGUUUGAAACUAUCCUUCAUAAAAAAAGGAAGUCGGAAAGUUUUCCACCUGAUGACGGAGCGUCCUGUGGAGGAACAGCAGCUCCCACCGGCCAGUGUCUCUCAGAGAAGUUGUGCGUCUUUGGCAAACAGUGGGCUUGACUUUGAGAUGGACCUCAUUGAUCUGGAGACAUUUGGAGAAACGACAACCACUAAGAAACCCCCGCACAAGGAGACGCAGAGUGAAAAGGAGGAGCGGGUUAAGACGAAAAUCCUUCCAGGUUCCCCACUUUCACAAGGGACUAAAAGGCCCAGUGAACAUCCGCUAAGUCCCAACUGCAGUCCACAAAAAAAGGAGGUUUUGUCAGAUGUUCACCCCCCCAAGACAGAGCCAUGUCAGUCUGAUGUUAGUGAGGUAACAAAGAGUCUAGGGAGACAAAGCAGAGAAAGUGUAGAAGCUCUGGACUCGGAUGAGGAGAAGCUGAUCAUCGACGACUUGGGUUCUCCAGCAGCCACACUUAAAGAACAGGAUCUUACGUCCCCAAGCCCCUCUAUAGCCCCCCCAGCUCCUGAGUCUGUUCCAGCUACUGCAGAGUCUUCAUCCCCUCAUAAAGGGACAAGAAGUGCACGACAGUCCAAAAGAGGGGAGGCCUGCGGGGAUCAGCUGAGCGAGAUCCUUCGCAUGCAGUCAGCCAUGUUCAAAUCUGGCUGUGACACAGCAGCUGCCAAGUCCAGCAGAUGUGUGGAGCCCGCCGUUCAGCCUCAUCAGACGUCUCUGGUCAAACCCUGCGUCACGUCUUACUUGGAACGACAGAAAAACGAUGACGGCGAGACGUGCGGCUCUUCACACAAACCCUCAGUCAACAUCAGCACCGCAGAGCACAAAAAAAUACUUUCACAAGACCUCCAGGCCUGUGCUGAAGAUGAAGAAGACUACGAAGCUCCAGCGGAGGGAAACGUGUUCUACAAGCUGUACAGUCUGCAGGAGCUGCUGCUGCUGGUGCGCAGCUCCGUGUCCCUGACCCACAGCCGGCACUGCGGCAGCAGCCAAAACCAGUUUGUGCCAGUGCACGUCCUACCAAAGCUGGAGUUCCAGCUGUGUCACGGCGUGGAGUGUCUAACCAGCAGUGAGGCCUGCCAGCUGUGGACCGAGUCGUUGCUUCACUCCAACACUGUGUCAUACAUUGCUCACAUCAACGCGCUCACAUCUAAGGUGGCACUGCUGAGAAAACUCCCUGAUGACUGGAAACACAAAAUGUCCUGCUGGUUCAAACCUUCCAAGUCACUCAACAUACUGCACCACCUUUUGAAAAAACUAACAGGGUUGCAGGAGGGGCAAUACAUGGUGGCACACAAAGCAGGGGAACCUUUUGUGACCAUACUGAAGGCGACUAAAGGGGGACCGCACAACCUGCAGCAGGUGCAUAAUGGUGUUCCUCAACCUCCUUCCUCUGGCCACAUGCCGUGGAUACCUGUGGACCCGGCUGUGGUCCUGCCCUUUCACCACAAUCAUGGCCGAGUCCCCUGCACCUUUCCACCAAAGCCCCUCCAACAGACAUCUAAAGGUGGAGCGUACAGCCAGAAAAACAACCAGAACAAACAGGGCAACAAGAACAACAAGUCCGGUCAAAAGAAACGCAAAAAAAAGCGCAACUUAUUUAUGGGGAAGUUACUUAAGAAGUCUGUUUAGAUGUCUUUACAAGAUUUGACUUCAAGAAGCUCAUCUGAGUGAAGUUUAUUUGCUUGAAGGCAGAAAAAAGAAGAAUGGAAAGAUUUUAUUUAUAUUUGACAAUAAAAUGUGAAUUAUUUUUUUCAUACAUAUUGUUUUUCACACAUACAUGUGUCUGAUGUGUUUAAGCUGUUGUGUUGUUAACAAUAAAGGUGUUGUUAGCGAU